AUGCCAGCAGCUGUCACAUCGUCACAUACGACGAAAGCUGCCCUCAAAGAACGCCGCCAUAUCCUCUAUGUGGAUGCAUAUGACUCAUUCUCGAAUAGCAUCGUCGGCCUACUUGAACAGAGUCUGGGAGCAAGCGUAACAACGGUCCGUAUCGAUGACGAGUCUGCAUUCGAUAACUUCACUACGAUCCUCAAAGCCUUCGAUGCUGUGGUAGUAGGACCUGGGCCUGGACACCCGGCCAACCCGAGCGAUGUCGGCCUUAUCGACCAGCUGUGGAAACUUAGCUCAGAGGACCUCCUUCCAGUCUUUGGAAUUUGCCUUGGAUUUCAGUCACUGUGUCUGGCAUAUGGGGCUGACAUCAAAAGACUGAAACAAGCAAGACACGGCAUCAUAUCGAACAUUCUUCACAAUCGGACCGAUAUCUUCCGGAAUAUCGCGAAGCUACGCGCCACACAGUAUCACUCUCUACAUGCCGUCCUGGACAAUAGCAGCAACGACUGCGCGGAGCCGCAAUGGCAGACCAAUGACCAAAGCCCCCACAUCCAACCUCUAGCGUGGGAUGUUGAAGACGAGAUCAAUGGAAUUAUCUUGAUGGCCGCAAGACAUACUGAGAAACCAUUCUGGGGCGUUCAAUUUCACCCUGAGUCGAUCUGCACCUCAAGAGAAGGCAUUACAUUGAUGCGACGAUGGUGGGUGCAGGCCGAAGAGUGGCUUACAUAUCGAUCACGGACCGUGGUACAUGAUCGUAUGACUGCACUGGACUAUAUAUCUCCUGCAGCCAUCACCGUAGCGGUAAGGGAUAGAAUCAAGCACAAGCUGAAAGAUCAACAUCAUUCCGCAGGCCUGAGUCUAGCCAAGGCAAUACAACUAAACACCGGGGCCCAGACCACUCAGCUACAAUGGGCGUCUUAUGCGACGGACCAGAUCAGUCCGAUUAAACUCGCAGAAGCACUUGAUCUCGAUCGAGAGGAAUCCAUCCUUCUUGACUCACAAAAUCACAGCAUGGGCCGAUUCAGUAUGCUGGGCGUUGUCGUACCUGGAGAAACGAUGAAAAUCACGUACAGAUCCUGGGACCGCACUUUACGCUACGGUACUGGCCCUGACGACGAACAACUAGUUCAACUUAGUUCUAUCGAUCAGACAUGGCCAAUCUUCCAGGAGGCGCUUGAUAUUCAUGAUCCAAAUAAACAAAGAUACGAACGCAACCUUGAUCGGAGAAACGAAGAUCUGCCACAUGACAGCCCUUUCUGGGGUGGUCUCAUGGGCUACAUCUCAUACGAAGCUGGUCUAGAAACAAUCGACGUUGCGCCUCACGAGUCUUUAGCCCACAGCAUAAUUCCAGAUAUCAACUUCGCUUUCAUACAUCGCAGCAUCGUCAUCGACCAUGUCAAAGGCUAUACAUAUGUGCAGUCGUUAUUACCAAAUGACUCUUCUUGGACCGCCCACGUCGGGCGGACCAUCGAAGUCCUGGCUCAGCAACAAGAACCCACAUCUGAACCACGUACAGCGAGAGGCAAUACAAGCAUCACCAGAGAACUCCGCGAAGGCCUCGAAAUGGAGAAGAGGCUUAGCCUCUCCCAGAUUCGGACCCCUCAGGAACGAUACUACCGCAACAAAGUUCUCCGAUGCCAAGACUCACUGGCCGCAGGCGAUUCCUACGAGCUGUGCCUGACUGACGAGACCUUAAUCAAAGUGCCGAAGAUCGAUGGUAAAGGCGUGAAUGCCUGGGCACUGUACAAGAAGCUGCGACUCAAGAAUCCUGCACCGUAUGGUGCUUACCUCCACCUCUCAAACGCUACUGUGGUCGGCACGAGUCCGGAACGAUUCCUCAAGUGGGAUCGCGAAGGCAACUGCCAGUUCAGGCCCAUCAAGGGCACGGUGAAGAAGUCGCCCACGAUGACGCGUGAGGCAGCACACAACAUUCUCAAGUCAUCCAAAGAGCAGGCCGAAAAUUUAAUGAUAGUCGACCUGAUACGUCAUGAUCUUAGUGGUGUGAUUGGCGCUGAGCGUUGCAGCGUCCCCAAGCUCAUGACUGUCGAAGAAUACGAGCACGUGUACCAACUUGUGUCAGUCAUUGAAGGGCAGCUGCCAGAAUCCGCAACAGGCGAAGGACCAACAGGCCUGGAUGUGUUGAAAGCCUCACUACCGCCAGGUUCCAUGACCGGCGCACCGAAGAAGAGGUCUUGCGAGAUUCUGAGGGACAUUGAACAACGCCCCCGUGGCAUCUAUUCCGGUGUCUUAGGAUAUCUAGAUGUUGGCGGAGCAGGAGAUUUUUCGGUUGUGAUUCGCACUGCGCUCCACGAUGCGACUACCGCCGACAGAUCGACAAGAUUGCACACCACUGUCGACGACAGUGGCAAUUCUACUCCACACUCGCACGUUGGGUAUACUCCCUCGAACACAAGUCCAAGAUGUUCCAGUCCCUCCGCUUCUGUCCGAGAAGGAGAAUGCUCUGCCCAUGAAAGCACAGAGACAUGGCGCAUUGGGGCUGGUGGCGCGGUCACUAUCCAGAGUACUGAUGAGGGGGAGUUUCUCGAGAUGGAAACCAAGGUCAUGACGGCUCUGACGGCAUUCCAAUCCAAGUGA